AUGUUCAGGAAAAAACACCUGUUCUUCUCAAUCACGGGUUGCCAUUUUCAACAGACUUCGUGCAAUCUACUACUAGGCGUCGGGAAUUCCUGCUGCACAAAAGGGGUGUGUGGCACACUCGAAAAACCCAUCGUCGACGCCUCAAUUCUUCCGAAUUCCAGCACAUCUGUGCGACAGCAAGGCACUGGAAUUUGGCUUCGCAGUCGGUCGCUGCAACUAGCACAGUCUCGCGAAAAAGUGACCCGCGAAUCUAAACGGCGCGUGUGCCUUUCUUCGUCCAAGCAGUAUCUUGUUUCCCUGAAAGGCUGGAUGUGUUGCUGCCACCACGUUGUAGCUGGCUGGUUAUAUGUGGACAUACGAUGCUGGAAAGAGGGGACACCUAUUUGCAGCUGGGAGGUGAGCACGCGCUGA